ACCUGCAUCACUGUCAGCUUUUCACCAGCAGAGCAGGGUCCAAAGAUGUACCGGGUAGGUUAAUUGGUUACUGUAAAUUUUCUUGUGAUUAGAUUGGGGUUUAAUCAGUGGGUUGCUGGCAGUGAGGCUCAAAGGUCCAGAGGGUCUAUUCUGCGCUGUAUCUCUAAAUAAGUAAAUUAUAGUUUUUUAAUAAAGUCAUUCAACCAUUGAGCAUCAUCACAGCUCUGAAGAUUAUCUUAACAAUUCGCAGCAAGUCAGUGUAAUAUUUGAAUAAAAACAAAUGCUGAAAACACGUAGCUUGGUCGACGUCCAAAAAAACAAUGUUUUGAAUUUGUCGUUGUUAUCACAACUUAGAUUUUAAUUUAAAUUGUUUGCUAAUGCAUAAACUUUAAAGGAAUAAAAGACCUUCAACACAUGGUAGUAUUUGAAUGGCCAUCCUUUGCCACAACAGAUUGUACAAAUUAGUUGACCAUUUUACAGAGCUGUUCAGUGAUUAAAAUGUUUCCUGCAAACUUGUUGGAUGUCAACAGAAUAAUGAAAAUUAGUGUAGGCUUUGAUUAUGAAACAAAUUUUACAUCUUCAGCAUACUCAAAAGGAAAGGUUUAUAUGGGUCAAACAUGAACAUAGCUCAGGUGGGUAUCUUGGUCAACAUAGCUGAGUUAGGGCAAAUAGCCUAUAUCCAUGCAUUAUGAGUCUAUGGCAUUGUUUUAAAAUAAAGCCAUGAGUGUUUAUGUAUGAGGAAUGUUACAUGGCUCUGGGCCUGUACUCAGUGGAGUUUAGUAGAAUGAGGGGGGAUCUCAUUGAAACCUAUUGAAUAUUGAAAGGCCUAGAUAGAGUGGAUAUAGAGAGGUGAUUUCCAAAAGUAGGUGAGUCUACUACCAGAGGGCACAGCCUCAGAAUAGACGAACAAUGUGGAGAAAUUUAUUAAGCCAGAAGGUGGAGAAUUUAUGGAAUUCAUUGUCACAGACGGCUUUGGAGGCCAACUCAAUCGGUAUAUUUAAAGCAGAAGUUGAUAGGCUCUUGAUUAGUUAGGACAUGAAAGGUUACAAGGAGAAUGGGAUUGAGAGGGAUGUUAAAUUAGCCAUGAUGGAAUGGCAGAGCAAACUCCAUGGACUGAAUUCUGAUCCUAUGGAAUAUUUUGUUCUAAAGUACUUCAAGCAGAUCAUGUGAAUUUUGAUCAACUGUAUCUAAUUCAUACAUUUUGGUUAUUGAUCUAGUUGCUGAUCCUCAUUUCAAUGUAAGGAACUACAACACGAGUAUGCCAUGUUUAUGGCUAGCUGUUUUAUAAACUUAGUUUCCAAUGCUUUAGUACUUUUGUUUUUAGGACUAGGUGUGGAAAAGGAAAAAUAUCCAGGACAAGAAAAUGCAGAAGAAAAAUCUCAGCUGCUUGGAACUCCCCAGAAAUAUUAAAUUUGCAUAACAAACAUGUUAAAUCUUGCAUUUAAGGUUUAAGAUUGCAAGUAUUUAUGUUCUUAAGUAUUUAAACUGAAGUUGCACAAUUAUUUUUCUUUGAGCAUAGGAGUUUUGCAGUUGAAUGAAGUAGUUUAUAAAGACUAAGACAGGACUGCAGCAAUUCCUCGGAGGUGACGUACUUCCAAAGAGAUAUUAAACAAAGCCCAGUCUUUUCUGUUAGGAGUACAUCCUAUUGGGUGUGGUACUGUCUGUGUGAAUCUAUUAUGUACUUGAAUUAGUAACUGAAUAUGAUUUCAUUGUCAAAGCAGGCUAGGAUGUGCUAUUUAAUUCUCUUGGUAACAUCAGAAGUAUAGGCUAGGUUUGGAUUCAGAUUUAUUUAUUGCAUGUAUAUCAAAACAUGCAUAUGUUAUUUGUGUUAGCAACCAACAUGCUCAAGAACAUGCUGGGGGCAGCCUGCAAGGGUCAUCACACAUUCCAGCGCUAACAUACCAUGCCCACGAUGUUUAGCAGACCAUCACAAGUAGCAACAAAAGAAGAUAACAACGGAAAAACAGGCCCCUUCCCCUUCCUUCCACCCACUCCGCCUCUGGGCCUCCAGUCCUUGGAGAAGCCCAUAUGUUCCCCCAAAGCCUGCUUCGCCAAUCAGAAAGUUUGUGGUUGAUUUAGAUCGCAGACACUCCUUAAUUUUUUUUUCUCUCCUAAUCCCUUUCAUUACUGAAACUGUUUAUAUCAGCCUUGAGUUUGAUUAAUGACUCAGUUCUCUAGGGUAGAGAAUUCUAAACAUUUGAAACUUUCCUUCUGAUGGCCAUAUUUAUUGAGUACCUUGCUUUUCACCCAAUAUGGUGGCUUAGUGGUUGGUGUAAUGCUGUUAUAGUGCCAGUGACCCAGGUUCAAUUCUGGCGCAGUCUGUAAGGAGUUUGUACAUUCUCCCCAAGGUCAUGUAGCAUUCCUCCGGGUACUACACUUUCCUCCCAUAUUCCAAAGAUGGUACAGGUUAGUAGGUUAAUUGGUCACAGCUGUAAUUGGGCAGCGUGGGCUUGUUGGGCUGGAAGGGCAAGUUACCAUGCUAGGUCUCUAAAUAAAUAAAUAAAAUAGUAAUCUAUUGUAAGUACAAGUCAUAUCUCUCCUAGUCUGGCCUCGUUUCAAGUUGUUUAGAAGAAAGUAUUGCAUAUGUUAUGUCCUGGUCAAGAUUUUUAUGCUAUCGGUAUUCCAUUUUAAUAGUUCUGUAAGGGCAGUCUGUUCUGCUUUCAACAUGUUUGGGUUUGAGCUAAAGAUAGGGGGCUAUGUUGUUCAGCUUGGGAAUGUUGUUUCAGCCAAUCAGGAUGGUGGAAUUAGGAGAAGGUUCUAGACAAUGCUGGGCAGAGAGGUUUUUGUGAUGGAUACUGGUGUGGGUCGAGGUCUUUUUGCUGGGAGCUGGGAGAAGACGGGAGGAAAAUUGGCUGAGGAUGCUGUCCCUGUUGCACGAGGUGCUUUGUGCAGAUGAACGAGUUCAAGGAGGAAGGACCAAUACUCUGAGAUGGAUUUUGAGUGACAUUCAGAUGGUGGUGUGUGCUUUCACGCAGACCGUAGGUCCAGCAUGGGAGUUAAAGACAGCUUCAAGAUGAGCUGCAACUUGUGUGCACAUUUGGACUGAGUAAACGUAACGGACCCUUUUUAUUUUUUUAUUUUUACUACAGUCUGAUAAAGCUGAUAUAUGUAAACGUGUUUUCUCUAUAAUAUGCAGUGUACAGUCUGUUAUUUCUUGCCAACAGCUAAUUGCAUGGGGACAGUAUUAGAAUAGAUCGGGGUUUGGAUGAUUGAGACAUUCCAUCUUCCUGGCUUUGGUGGGAUCCAAGUCAUACCUACCAUAGACAUACGGAGUUUGAGAAAGAUGGAUGGUGACAGUUCCACCACAGAUGCUACCCAGUUAGGAAUCGCAGGUGAUUACAUCAGUGGAAGCCACUAUGUGCUACAGUCUCAUGAAGGGGACGCAGAUGAGGCACUCGUAGAACACGACGACACAAAUGGCUCCAAGGAGUCUUACAGGGAGCAGGAUAUCUAUCUUCCGAUUGCCAACGUCGCUCGGAUAAUGAAAUCAGCAGUUCCUGCAACAGGGAAGAUUGCUAAAGAUGCGAAGGAAUGUGUCCAAGAGUGUGUAAGUGAAUUUAUCAGCUUUAUCACAUCCGAGGCCAGUGAGCGAUGUCAUCAAGAAAAACGCAAAACCAUCAAUGGAGAAGACAUCCUUUUUGCCAUGUCCACACUAGGCUUCGACAGCUAUGUGGAGCCACUGAAACUCUACCUGCAGAAGUUCAGAGAGGCAAUGAAAGGGGAGAAAGGAUUGAACGCAUCAACAGGUGGAGGCACAGAUGGCCUUGGCGAAGAGCUCACAGAUGAAACUUUUUCUAAUCAAUUGACAACAGGCUUGAUCACCGCUGAUGGCCAACCACAGAACGUCAUGGUGUAUACAACAUCUUACCAACAGAUUUCAGGUGUACAGCCCAUUCAAUUCUCCUGAUAGAAGCCAUUCAGACUUGGAAACGCAUUAAACCCUACAGUAAAUGAAAUGGAAUCGGAAAGAAGACAAGAGCAGUUGAAUGGUCAACAGACCUGCAGAGGAUGAUCUUUACCUGCUCUUGAAUUAUAUUCUUCUGGAUAGUUGUAGAUGCUUUGACAGGUUCCUGGGGUCUGACUGAAAAAUCCUGUUUCUGAACCCCUCACCUGAAGGAUCAUUUCUUAUUUACCAGUUUUAAAACAAAAACUGAACCUUUAUAAUGUAUCACAGUUGCAAAGUACUUUUGUUUUGUACAAGAGUUGGGUUUUGUGUGAACACAUACAGGAAGCUGAUGUCAUUGGCCGCUGUGUGUCCAAUUUACUACUGUCGGAACUUACAGGGCAGUGUCUUACUUUUCAUAUUGAAUCAUGUUGCUCCUUUUGUAAUUCAAAUAAGUAAUUUCACUAGAUGUACCCUUUUAAUAAAACAGGUGUAAAAUAAAUUGUUUUUGAGAGU